AUGGCCGCCACCGAUCUCAUUGAAAAGCCCGCCGAAGAGGAGAAAUUUCCCGAACUGGUCGAUGAGUCGGACUCGGACGAUGAGGUUGCAGUAGAGGAUGCCGAGGGCAUCCUGUCCGGAGGCAAGGUGCAAAGCCGUGGCGAGAAGAAGGCCCGAAAGGCUCUUUCCAAGCUUGGUCUGAAGCAUGUGGAUGGUAUCACCCGAGUUACUAUCCGUCGCCCAAAGAACCCUGAUGUUUACAAAAGUGGGUCGAACGACACGUACGUUGUGUUUGGGGAAGCAAAGAUCGAGGAUCAGAACUCUGCAGCGCAGGCUGCAGCUGCUGAAGCCUUCAAAGCAACCGAGCACGCACAUACCAAGAAGGAGGAGGCUGUCCCAGAGUUGGCCGAGGAGGAGGAGGAGGUUGACGAGACCGGCGUAGAGGCCAAGGACGUUGAGCUUGUCAUGCAACAAGCCGGUGUGUCCAGAGGCAAGGCUGUCAAGGCUCUCAAGACGCAUAACAACGACAUCGUGAAUGCUAUCAUGGAACUGACACUGUAG